AACACACAGUACUUUUCUGCCUCAUUGUUUCCCUUCUGCUAGUAUUAAGGUCUUCCUAAGGCAGUUGUAAAGUGAUUAUAACUGGAGUUGUGUUUCAUCUGGUCAGACCUGAUUUUCCACUUCAGAACUACAGCCUAUGUUGUACGGAAGCGCUAGAGUUCUGUAUUGUUUAAGCAGAUUGGAAUACAGUAUUAUGAUCUUUUUCAUGCAUUGUGCUGAUUCUUGCUGAAACUUGUGUUAUCUUGAUCUAAUAUUGCAGUUAUAAAAUUGAAAUGGAUUUGACCAGGUCCUGAGCUGCUUAUUAUUUUAGCAUGAAAUCUUUCUGAAGACAAUGAUGUGACAAAUUGAGGGAGGAAAAAAAGAUUUAUUUACUGACAAAUUGAGUGUAUACUGAUAACUUUCUACUUCAUUAAAACAUUUUGCAACAUUUCCAUAAGCAGAUCUUUAAAAGAGCAAGCACUUGUGUGGUGCACUGUUCUUAUUCAUUAAAAUUCGUAGCAUAGUUUACUGGAUUAGUACUUUUCAUGAGUUUUGGUGGCACAAAACCUAAGCUCUUCUAGUACAUAAUCAGUCUAGAGGAUGACUUUAUACUCUCAUAUGAAUAGGUUACAUCCCUAAAUCCCAGCUCUCAUUGUAGAACAUGAGUCUGGAAUGAAUUUAAGGAGGACAUACUCAAGUUUACAAAUGUGUUUAUGCAGACACAGGGUGGAGCUGUGACCGCAUCCUGUCACUUUUUGGUAUAUUGUACCCCACUGGAGGCCUUGAGCCAUUCCUCCCACCCCGUGUAAUGAUUUAUCAUAGGCUGGCCAGUACUUGUGCUCUCUUCCCUUCUUUUCAGAAGAUGCUGUGUGCUACCCAGUUGCCUCAUAAUCUGCUUCAUUUUAACUCCAGAAAGGGAAAUUUUAGUGCUUUUCUUAUGCAGAGCUAGUGAAUGUGCACAAUGUCCACUGUUUCUGGGAACUGUGUAAGGCUAUAGUCAUUCUGCAAAUAGAAGUGUAGAGCUCUUGUUCUCAUUCAGUGUGAAAUACCUUUUCUUGAAUUUUGCUUUAUUUAAAUGACUGACUCUCCAUACUCAAAAGAACUGAGAUGAAUCCAGUUACUUUGCCCUAGUUCUAAGUCAUGCUGAGAUACUAAGUUUUGUGGCUGAAUGUAAGACUAUGCCAGAACUAAUUUCAGAGGUUUUAAAACCUUUUGAUGAACCUGUGGUGUGUGACAAGUUGAAAUGAAACUUGAAACCAUAUGGUUUCAGAUUUUACAUUUGAACAACUUCAGUACUUUAAAAGUGCUGAGAAUAUGUUGGUUUGGCUGUAUUUUCUGCCUUUGUUAAUAAUAAAAUGAAGAAGAAUUCUUUUGAAGAAUGCUAAUAGCACUUCUAUUUACUUGAUUUUUAAUAAUUAUUUUAAAAUUAAUUGAAAUAGUUUUCCAUGGAGUUUUAUCAAUUGCAAAAAAAAAAAAACAAACCCUAAGCAUACGUAAGGUAGAAGAUGCUCUGUUGUUUCUUAUAGUUCUGGAGGACUCAUUUGUAUCACAGAUGACUUUUCUUUUGGAGUAAGGAGAGUUUCUAGGCAAUGCCUUCUCAUGUGUUAUUGUAGAAACCAGUAUCUUCAGCCUGGGUAGUUCUGAACUGUAUAUUUCUUACACUUAUUUUUCUAAUAUUCUGGAAAUAUUUAGCACCUUUAUUCUUGUUUUGUCUGCAAAAUUAGUUUCAAUAGCUUUACUAGUUUUACUUGAGAGAGUAUAUAAUACUUGUCUCUCUCUAGUUGGAAAUGUAAGUUAUACAUAGGUAAUUUUAACAUAGCAAGUUUGGGGUUUUUUUUAAUCAUUUCUCAUCUGAUGAGUUUCUUGUCUGACAUGCUAAGAAACUCUUCUGCCAUCUGUGGAAACACUUUUUUUUUAAUGUUCUCUACAUAACAUUUAGAAAAUAAAACACUAAAAUAGAUUUGAAUUGUGAUGUUUCAAUUUUUUUUUUUUUUAAGCACAGUAUGCCACGUGUGACUUGAUUUUGUAUUCCUAGGUCUUUUAACACAAGUAUGACUUUAGCCUUGCUUCAAUUAUGACUGGUUUUAGUCUUGUGGUUUGUGGGUCAUUGUCCCCCCACACGUCCCCUCUAUUGUAGACCUAGGCAGAUAGCAACAGUAACAGCUUGAAGUUCUCUAAAAAUAUGCUUUUGAUGUUAUUGUUAUCUUACCUACCACAACUAUGUUUUUACAUUUUCCUGGCUUCCUAAAGCACUAGAGCAGAAACAUUUGUGUGUAUAUAUAUAUUUUUUUCAAACUACCAGUGUAAUAUUUCCUGUCAAUAUUCAAGUGUUACAGUAUCAUUAAUUCAUUAGGAAUCUGUCAAUUACUGCUUAUGACUGUCUUUAUAGUGAUCUUUGUUUCAGAAAUUUUCUUGAUCCUCUUAUUUUUUUGUACACAGUGUACUUCUUUGGAAUAUGGAGUAUUCCAGGUCCCAGGAUUUACUAAUUUAUUGGAAACUGAUUAACAAACUGUAACUGAUUGAUUUAGAAAUUCCAUUUGAAGUUAGGAAUGAGGCUGGAGUAAGAAAUGCUUUGAAGGCUUUUGGAAAGGUUAUCUGAAGGUACCCCUCUGCAAAGUGGCUGUUGGAAGCAAGUCCAUUCCCAGAACUCCAGUUUUAUUGGAUAAGUUGGAUAUCUGACAUUAUUGUGGUGGUCUCUCCUGAAAAUAUUGAAACAAUGAAGAGUAUCAUUGAAAAAUAUGGCCACAAAAGAGUUACAGUAGUAGAAGGUGGAAUAACUCGUCACCGGUCAAUUUUCAAUGGACUGAAAGUAUUUGCAGAGAAGGAAUUUUCCAACCAUCUGCUCCAGAAACCAGAAGUAGUGAUUAUCCAUGAUGCUGUGAGGCCAUUUGUAGAAGAAGAUAUCCUUUCAAAAGUGGUUAUGGCUGCUAAAGAACGUGGGGCAGCAGGAGCAAUUCGUCCUCUAGUUUCUACUGUUAUUGCCUCUUCUGCAGAUGGCUGUUUAGACCACUCACUGGAACGUGCCAGGUACAGAGCGAGUGAAAUGCCUCAAGCUUUCUUGUUUGAUAUAAUCUAUGAAGCAUAUCAACAGUGUACAGACUAUGACCUGGAUUAUGGAACUGAAUGUUUGCAUCUGGCUCUGAAAUACUGUAAAACAAAUGCCAAACUUGUUGAAGGAACAGCUGACCUCUGGAAGGUGACCUACAAGCGGGAUCUGUAUGCAGCUGAAUCGAUUAUUAAGGACAACCUUUCACAAGAAGUUUGUGUUAUUACUGAUGCAAAUGAAACUGUUGCACAAGUUGGUUUUCUCCUUCCUGAAUCUCUGAAAAGUCAAAUAAAAGUUGAAACUGUAUCAAUAUCUCAAAACAGAAAUGACAGCCAUUUACAAAGCAUCUUUUCAGGACAGUGCUACAAUUUUGUUUGUGUAAAUGAUAAAAAGUGUGCCAUUCAAGAAACCCAGCAAUUAGUGCAUAUGUUGGAAAAAUCAGAUAUUCCUCUCUUAUAUCCAGUUGUCCUUAUUUCGGUAUACCUGGAUAUAUCAGGAAAUAACUCUUUCAGCAUUGGGAUGGAAGAACUAACAAGCAUCAAGAAAUUUGCAAGGGAAACUAAAAAGAAAAACAUUUUAGUUUACGGUCUCCUUAUCCAGUAUAAGGACCCUUCGUUUCUUCAGGAGACAGUAAAUUCUGCUGCUGCUCUUAUCAUGGCAUUAAUAAAGGACAGAAACCCGGACCUGACUGGCCAGCUGUUGGUAGCAUAAGACAAUAAAUCAUGUGUAGCUUUUGGAAACAUUAGUUUUUCAUCAUCUAUUCACCAAAGGUCUUAAGUCAUUUUACCCUUUGAUUAAAACUAUAGAUUUAUGCCAUUCACUGUAAAAGUCCUUUAACAGCAUAUUUUUGAUACUUAAAAUGCAUGUCUGAUAUUAUGUAUAAAGUGUUAAUAGGAAAUACAAAUAAUUCUGAGAUACACUGGGUACAUACUGUGAGGAAUGAUACUGAAAUGUUUUUUAAGGUACUGAUCAUUUAACAAGGUGCACACGGGACACCAAAGCGUUCAUGCAGAAUUGUCUAUAAACGUGUGUGUGUGCGUGUGUUGUACUCUAGGACUGCACGACUUAAAUUUUAUUUAAGAUAAAUUAAUCCCAAAGCACAGCUCAUCUUCUUUAUAUGAAAUUAUUUAAAAAUUGCUGCUGUAAUAGCUAUCAUUGAAUGUAGAGUUAAUGAUAGACUGUAGCCUUCCUGACAUCAACAGAAACAGGUAUUACAAGAAGUGAGGGAAGGGUCAGGUCCCUGUCCUCUGUGAAAUGAAGGUACCCUCAAAUCAAAGACAAGACAUGCAUGGGGACAACAAGGUGCUAAACCCCAGUUUUCCAGAUGCAGCAUGCUCUGGCUGUAGCCUCCUUGGUGCUGUGCUUUUUCCUGUGCCCAUGGGCCAUCAUUUAGAACUAGCACCACUUAGUUACUGUUGUGCACAUACUCUGCUUUUGCACGUCUGUGUAUAUAUAUGCACGUAUGUGUGUAUGAAUGCUUAAAGGGUGAGAAAAGGGUUAGGACCGAAAAAAAUGUUCCAUUACCCAAUCUAUAGGUCAUGGAGAAAUAGGAAGGUUCUGUUAGCUCAGCUAUAACAAUUUUCAUCUCUUGCUGGUUAACAUAUGUUUGUAUUAAAUAGUGAAGAGACUAGGCCUUAUGAAUUCAAAUGUAUGCUCCAUGCAUAGGCAAGUGUGGACAGUUGGGAUAGGAAGAUGAAAUGGUGAAUGAUUAUUAUGUGGAGUAUCUCCAGGUGUCACAGCCAUUAAGAGCAAUACAAGAAGAGUUCCUAAAAACAUCUGUCCCUCCCUAUGCAGCAGACUCAGGAAUUCCAUCUAUCCUGCAGGUUGUGAAGGGGCUAGGUUAGGGUCUUACAUACCUGCUGUGAAUGGAAUACAGUCUUGGAGCAGUAUUCCCACCAGAAGUGUUCAGUAAGUCCCCAAUUCAAUCUGUCAUGAGUGAGAACACUGUCAGUUUACAAGUUUCCCUCUAAAAACAGCAUUCUUCCCCUUACUCCCACCAUGUUCCAUACCCUCUCAUGCUCUGCACUUGGUUCUCUUCCUCUUUCCCUUGACAUAACUAUCUAUAACUCCAGUUUAAAUCCCUUUCAAAAGCUGAUCUUGAUCACAAACUUCCUUCACUGCAUAAUAAAAUGAGUUUUUAGCUGAGGAUUCUAUAUCCAAAGCAGACAUUUUCUUCCACACAGAAGUCAUGCAAAGACAAGUAACAAAAUUCUUGUGCGUCAUCUGCUUUCUCUUUGCUUCUUUCUCCUCUCUACUUUGAUUAAUAAUUUGUCCUUUCUGAAAUUGCACAACAUAAACAUUCAUAUUAGCUUUUUGUGUGACUAUACAAUAGACAUAUUUUGUUCAUUCACAUCUGUUCAUAUGCAGAGUAUGCAAAUAAAUGAAGAACUAAAGAAUUUAUUACUAGUAUUCAUAAUUUAACAGGACAGCUUUCACAAAUAAGUUUUCUGAAUUUGCUUUUAUAUUAAUAAAUUUGAUGAAGGAAUUCGUCUCACAGGCUUUUAAAAGACAUGCUGAAAGAUGUCUCUUUGAGUGUACUUUGUGAUUCUUCUUUGCUUGAAGACUAAAAUACAAUGUGAUGUGUUUUCCCCAAUUAAUAAGCAAGUGAAUGUAGAACAUCCUUCAUGUUUUCUAGCCACUCUAUUUAUACAUCAUGAUAUUGCCUUAAUGUCGGUUUGUGUGUAACAUCAUUUGCUUAAACAGAACUUUUUAUUUUUUAGGGUUGUUUUACUUACAUCAUUCUCCCAAAAGGGUUUCAAUCCAAUUAAAAAUGAUACUGCAAUGAAUUGCUGCAAUGAAAAAAUAUAAGCUGUUUACGGAGUUAUUUUUAAAAGAAAACAGAUAAUGCACAAGAAAAAGUAAAUUCUGGGUCAUCAAAUAUACUUAGUACUAAUCUUAAAAGGAAGAUAGUAAGACUAAUUGCUAAUGAGCUGUUAAUCAUUGCAUUAUGGAUUUUUUAAUCUUUAACAAUCUUUUCAAAUAAUCUGCAAACACUGAAAAAUCUAUUUUGCUGGAAGCAAAUACACCAACAACAGAACUACUAAAACAGAUCACGAAAUACCAGAACUGCAGUAAAAAAACAAAACAAAACAAAGAGAAACUGGACUGUGAUUAAUGCUAUUGUGUAUCCAAACCAAAUUGAAAUGGUCUUUUGGGUGAUGGUUAGUUCUUACAAUGGGAAUAAAAAUAUAAAAUGAAAUUAA